AUGGAUUAUGCUCUUCGUCCUCUUCAUGUAGAUCCUCCUCCUCUGCAACUUCUGCAGCUUCCCCACUUCAAUUCCCACUCUUCUCAAGCCCUAGACCAAGACCGACAAGCCGCAGGGCGUGGCGGUGAGGAACUCGAGCGACGAGGAACCCAAGAAUUGGGUUUUAAGAAACUGGUACAAAUUGUGGCAAGGGCCCGACCGUACAAGUCCAUGGAAACUAGUUGCCUAUGA